AUGGAGGGCCUCGCCUGUAAUGGGUCCUUCGAUAUGUACGUCUGCUGGGACUACGCUGCACCCAACACCACUGCCCGCGCUUCCUGCCCCUGGUACCUGCCCUGGCACCGUCACGUGGCUGCAGGCUUUGUCCUCCGCCAGUGUGGCAGUGAUGGCCAAUGGGGACCUUGGAGAGACCAUUCUCAGUGUGAGAACCCAGAGGAGGAUGGGACCUAUCAGAACCAAAUGCUGAUCUUGGAGCGGCUACAGGUCGUGUACACCGUGGGCUACUCCCUGUCCCUGGCCGCGCUGCUGCUGGCCCUGCUCAUCUUGAGUUUCUUCAGGCGGCUGCACUGCACGCGCAACUACAUUCACAUCAACCUGUUCACGUCUUUCAUGCUCCGGGCAGCAGCCAUCCUCACCCGAGACCGGCUGCUACCUCCAGCGAGCCCCGCACCCGGGGACCAGGCCCCUAUCCUGUGGGACCAGGCUCUAGCCCCCUGCAGAACGGCCCAGAUCGUGACCCAGUACUGCGUGGGCGCCAACUACACCUGGCUGCUGGUGGAGGGCAUCUAUCUGCACAGCCUCCUGGUGCUCGUGGGAGGCUCCGAGGGGGGCCCCUUCCGCGGCUACCUGCUCUUCGGCUGGGGUGAGCCCCGACCCUGUCCCCUGCCCGCCCGGCCCAGCGCACCACCGCUCCCCGACGACCCUGCUGGUCGGCUUCAGGGCUCUCUCCCUGUCUCUAGGCUUUUGCCUUCCCAUCUCAGCGGGGGAAUUCCGCGGGUCUUGGGCCGGGCGAGGCCCGCGCGCGUGCUGACAGCUGCGGCGGGGUGGGGGGUGGGGGUCGGGGUCUGCACAGGGGCCCCCGCGCUUUUCGUCAUUCCCUGGGUGAUCGUCAGUCGCUUCCACCUGACGCUGGUGCCGCUGCUGGGCGUCCACGAGAUGGUGUUUGUCCCUGUGACCGAGGAACAAGUCCGGGGCCACCUGCGCUUCGCCAAGCUCGGCUUUCAAGAUGGCCUGCUGGUCAGCUUCCUCUACUGCUUCAUCAACAAGGAGGUGCAGUCGGAGAUCCGCCGAGGUUGGCACCGCUGCCGCCUGCGCCGCAGCCUAGGAGAGGAGCCGCACCAGCCCCCACAGCGUGCCUCUCUGACCCUGCAGUUGAGCUCCGGACCCAGACAGGUCGCCACUGGCCGUGCCCUGUCCUCGGGGAACCUCCCAGGGCCUGGGGAUGAGGCCAGCCGGGUCUUGGAAAGUUACUGCUAGGCAGCGGGAUUCCUGCGAUCAGUUAGCAUGUAUUUAUUGAGCGCCUACUGUGUACCAGGCCCCUUGUGGAGGGAGGGCGCUGCGGAAAUGGGGUGGAAGGAAACAGAGAAAGGCCCCUAGAGUUCAAAAUUGCGUGGUGGAAACAGACCCUUAAGACAAUACAUGGUUAUAUAUAGGCUGUGGAGUGGAAUGGCUUAUGAAGGAAAAUUAGAAGGGGGCGUAUGGUGGUCAGGGAGGGCAUCUCUGAGGAGGUAACAUUUAAGCCAUACCUGCCAGAGGUGCAGGAGACAACUGGUAGGCAAGAUUCUAGGCAGAAGGAACAGCAUCUGCAGAGGCCCUGGGCAGGAAGGAACUUGGCCAUGUCUUAGGAGCAGACAGGUGGCCUGCAUGGCUGGCGCUGGGAUGAGUCAGAGACAAAUGGAGAGAGAAGUGAGCAGGGGCAAAGAGUUGGGAUUUUAUUCCAGGUGCACUGAAAACUCUUAGCAGGAGCAUCUCAUGGGCUAAUGUGUGUAUGUGUGUGUGUGUUUUAUUAAUUGCGAAACAUCAACUUGUUGUUCCACGUA